CGGACACAUUAAAUGCCUUUCAUUGAGGAAAGGCUUUGGACGUUCAGUGUUGUGAAUGUGUACAAGCAACAAAUCAUCUGAUUAAGAUGGGUAAUAAGCAAACAAUAUUUACGGACGAGCAACUUGACGCCUACCAGGACUGCACAUUUUUCACACGCAAAGAAAUUCUGCGGUUGCACGGCAGAUACCAUGAGUUAGCUCCACAUCUCGUACCGAUGGACUACACCAAUGAUCCUGAUUGUAAAUUGCCUUUAGCCUUAAUAGUCAACAUGCCGGAGUUAAAGGAAAACCCGUUUCGCAGCAGGAUCGUAGAGUCUUUCUCAGAGGAUGGGAUGGGGAAUCUCAGCUUCAAUGAAUUUGUGGACAUGUUCUCAGUCCUCAGUGAGAUGGCUCCUAGAGAACUCAAGGCCAUAUACGCCUUCAAAAUAUACGAUUACAAUGUGGAUAAUUACCUGUGCAAAGAAGAUCUGGAAAAGACUCUGAAUAAGCUAACGAAGGAGGAGUUGACUCCUGAAGAAGUGGAGCUGGUGUGCGAGAAAACCAUCGAGGAGGCGGAUUUAGAUGGAGACAGCAAACUCUCCUAUUCAGACUUUGAAAAUAUGAUAACUAGGGCUCCUGACUUUUUAAGCACCUUCCACAUACGAAUCUGAGAGAGCUCCGUGGAAAAUUACCAAGGUGGGCAGCGGGGUGGAACUCAGGACUGCACCUGUACCCUGUGCCACGGCACAGUGUAUGUCCCCCACUCCCACCAUCAAAGAAAUCAUCUCAUCGUCUUCUCUGGCCUCAGUGAAGUCUGCUUAAAGGAUAAUACUGGAUGCAGCUAAAUACCCAGGGCUCUGAAUUUCUAACAACAUAGAAGAAAAUAUACUUUAAUAUCCCCUCCUAUAAAAGGGCUUGACCUGGAUUGGUCUCUUGUUGGGGGAAAAAAAAAAGGUUAUUCUUUUCACAUUUUAAGGUUGAAAAAUGAUCAGUGAAACCAGUCAGAAAUGAGUCAGACAUCGCUGCUUACUUAGCACAUUCAAGAAUGCAUAACAUGCUUAUCUAUUGCACUUGAGAUAGCCCCAGUAAAGUCUUCUUACAGUGACACACUAGAUAUGUAGUAAGGACAAAGCUUGAAGUGAAUGAAGGCACAUCAUCAGCAUUAAAGGCAUUACAGAUGUUUUAUGUCAGCUAUGCAAUAUUUGUCUGUUGCUUUUAGUCAUUUUAGGUUGUGUUUUUCGCUAGUGCAACUUAUGACAAUCAUGACUUACUGUUCUCCAGUUAUAUGAAGGGCUCUAUCAUCUGAACUCAUUGUGGUAGCUAUCAUCUUCUGCCUCAGCCAUUAUCAUAAGAUAUCACACACAGCCAUCUUUUGGAUACACGUUGCAGUAUUUUAUGUGACUUCAGGUAUUUAUCUUUGAAUAAA